CGAAAGAGCGAAAUCGGCGCAAUCGGCGACACUCGAAGAUCGCGACAGUCUCAUCGCGGCCAGCGUCGAGAUGGCCAGGAGUCGCAGGAGUCGCGAGCGAACGAGGGCACCGGACUCUGCAGCGGAACCUCUUUCGGGGUCGGUUGUCUCGUCGUCGAUCGGCCUCCUGCAUCCUCAUUGCAAUCGUCUGGCUUUCGACGUCGUCCCCUCGCUUUCGCCCGUGGAUUCGAUUUCACACAAACCGGGAUCGAUUUCGUUGGUGGCAUCGCUCUGUUUGGAAAUCAGGUGCGCGAGGGGUUUGGCUCAGGGGCCUUGUGAAGUGAGCGCCGUGGGAGGCAAGCAGGGCGGGAUUGUGCCCAUGAGAGCUCGCCGGCGCUGCGUCGCCGAUAAAUGGAGGAAGAGGAGAAUGAGGCUUGGGUGUAGUGGAAUUUGACGAGUGGCCUGUUCUGUUGUCGUCGGUGAUUCGGUUCUUCGCUCGCAUCAACUGGAUGACGAUGGAAUUUAGAUUGCCGCCCAGAAGUUUUGCUUCGGAGUAGGAUCGAGGGAUGUGUUGUGGAUGUAGGUCGCGAGGCAGCGACGAGCGUUGCUCUAUUAGGCUCUGGAUGUUGAGAAACUUGGCAUUAGGGCGACCGAUACGUGUGUUUGUGAGGUUUAUGCUGAGGAUUAGGGGCCGUGCAUUAUUGGAAGUUGGAGGCUGGUCGAAAGGUUCACGCGAAGUCCUUGGCGCGCUCAAGCUAGAGAUGGGAUGUAUCGCUGGGCAGGGUUCUCAGUCGAACAGGGCUAGCAUGCCCUGGUAGAAUGACACAUUGUUUGUAGUCACUUGUUGGCAGGGAUUUGCUUCUAAAAUCGUGGUCAAAUUUGUUCUUACUCUGCGCUCCUACUCUGCAUCUAGGAAUUGCACGGAGUGGAGCAGCGCAUCCCCUGCUGCGUUCUGGUAUUCUCCUGACAUUCGGCCAUAUGGAAAUCUAAGGUUUCUUACUAAGACACAGGCUCUGCCUUGGCGACCUCCUGGCAAUGCCCACAGCGUGGUGGCUAUGGCAGAGUCGUACUGGCUUACCGUGACGGUCUAGAGGAGUCCAGAAAGGAAUUCCUGUUUACUGGGAUCAGUUCUUCGGCCACAGUGGAAACAAGCUGUGUUCGGAUUGAGAACUCGAAUCAAUGUCAGCGACUUGCAUUAUAAAGAGCAGAGGGCGAACGGCGGCUGCAGCCAACAAAUAUGCUUCUUCCUUGACACGAGGAGAGGCCAGCUCUGGAAACAUGACCCCCGGAUCAUCGAGAAAGUCCUGAAGAAGUCGUAAAGAAGCGUCGGAUAGAAGCAAGUGCUAGUUACCGCAACAAAACUCUGUUUAUCCUCCAGGCUACAGCAUCCGUCCAUUUGAAUGUGUAGACAUUUUCUAGAAGAGACGUGCAGACGCAGCAGGUUCUGUGAUCCUCGCGGAAUGCAUAGCGUUCGGAUUUUUUUUGGUUACAGUGCUCUCAGACAGUCGAGAGUCUCGAGGACGGGCACUGUCCGGCUUGUCAAGGCCCCUCUGCAGUCCUUACAGAGCACUAGCCCCGGGCAAAUGAUAACUCUCUGCUUUCAAACUUUUCAGCGUGUCCUUCAUAAGACGAAUGUCGACGAAUUCGCAACGUCAAAUGCCAGUAGAAAACGUGAACUCAAAAGUUGUCACAGGAAUCUGAAGUGCGGGACAGCCGCCAUGUAGCUCUCACUAGCAAAAACUUUCAGCUCUUGCGUUAUAACUUGCUUGAUCCUGGGAACGUGCUGAAUUCAGCUCUUUCACUAAUACCUGCUUUUCAAAGGAUGCAGGAUUGGCGGAAAACUUGGAACAUAUUUACUGCCAGGAGAAAAAUGUGGUAGCCUCCUUCAAGGACCGGUUUCGCCCUCAAUGUCAAAGGUUGGCAACUGAAGUCGUGGGAAAGUCUUAAAAAAUGCCCCCGAAAAAGAAGGGAAAGAAGAAGAAAAAGAAACCGAAAGAGCCCAAACAUGACUCAGGGUGGAAAAAGACUAUUGAGAACGGGAAGUGGGAGAGACCGCUUGAAUCCCUACCUUCCAUUGAAAGGUGGCCUACUUGGGGAGAAAUUCGAGAGAAGAUGUUCGCCGCUUUGGUGAAGCUCACAAUCAUAUGGAGUGAAAAUUUGGGCGACAAGUUUAUUGAUGAGCUGUUUGCAGUUCCUCGGCCCCGUUUGGUUCACAUGGAUAUUCGAGGAUCUAAGUUGCUCACCAAGUUUGUCCUGUCCCCACCGGCUGUCGCUCUAUCAAUAACCUAUAUCGACAUUUCUUGUUGUCAAUACUUGAGCUUUGUGAUGAUUCAGUCACAUUCGCUGGAAAAGCUGGUCUUGUCACGGUCCAUGAUGCUGAAGAAAGUGUUGUUGGAAACGAAAACUUUGAAAGAGCUCGUCUUGAAAACCUGCCCGGUACUUGAAACUCUAAUGGUUUGGAGUGAUGAAAUGAGUCACUUGAACAUCUUGGACUGCAAGCAGCUCGUCACUCUUGAACUAUACUGUCCGAAGCUUGAAGAUUUGGAAAAAGGACCCUUGAAGGUUGAUAUACCGCCGCCAAAGCCUUUUCCUCCUAUUUUGUAUAUACUCGAACAAGAAGACCUCAGGGCGCCCAUCCCGCCUCCGGAAUUUGGCUAUCCAAACGAGGUCACUGGUGGAUACCAAGGUACAAAAGGAGAUGAAAAGGUUGGUCUUAGCACCACUCGACCCUUGAUACCACGGACACACCUAUUUGGAGUUUGAGUCAGAUUGAAUUGGAGAUGCAUAUGCGACUCGAAGGCCGAUCAUGCAUCAACAUGUUUCCCACUAUACACUCGUGCACCAAUGUGGGCUGUAUUAAUUUUAUUCUUGAAGCCUGUUUCAAAGCCAGAACGGACAUGAUUAAACACUUAACGUCUUACUCUGUGAACGAUCGCCCAGUGUAGAUGGCAGUUUCUUUCUCCCUUGCAAGAUGUAUCUCUUAUUGUUUUGCGUACACCCUUUUAUCUACCUUUGGACAGAUCCAAGAAUCGAUCAUUUCAUUCUUUCGAGCUUUGAUAGGCUUUGCGAUACUUUAUGCAAUAUAGCACUUGGACAUAGUUCAUGCAAAAUUCACCGCAAAAGUGGUGCGUAUAUCUGCAUUAAAAAUGCCUGGCGUUGGUUCGUGGGGGCGUCCCUUUCUGGGCAUGGUUCCAGAUGAGUUAACUAUCUUAUGUGCUGUAGGAAACUUACAAGUGCAUGUUUAGUUAACACAUAUCAAGAUACAAGUCAAAAUUGUCUAUGUUGAAGGUGGUUUUCUUGCACUUAUGCUUAAGAUUUGGACUUAAAACUUUAUGGACUGAAAUCAAUUCAGAGAAAAGCUUAUAUUUUUAGCGGAAUCUAAAAACUUGAAAAUCCUGAUAUUGAAUUGAUUCAAUUGAAGUAACCAAGUGAUAGGAUGCUGGAAAUUAGAGUAGAGGAAUAGAAGAGCAG